UUUACUGCGACCUACGUGUGGUUUUAUAGGUAAAAUGUUGCUAUUUAACUUAUUUUAGGAGUCAUCCUACGGUGUAAGGUGCAACUCUUCGGUCGGCUGGUGUCGUCGGUCCACAGCAGGGCUAUAAUGUCUGGAGCGGCCGGUGGGGGAGGAGGCUCCUCCUGUUUGGGCGCAGCAGCGGCUGCCAGUUGCAGCUCCGCCGGCUCUCCCUACGCUGCUGCAGCCGGGGGAGGCGCAGGGGUGGCCGGGAGGCUGCCAGCCCGGGUCCUGGAGCACAUUUUCUCCUAUCUGGAGCUGUCUGACUUGAUGGGGUGCGAGCUGGUGUGCUGGCACUGGAAUAAUAUCCUCGCGGAUGAAAACAGCGAGGUGUGGCGCAGCCUCUGCAGCCGGUCUCUGAGCGAUGAGGCUCUGCGGUCAGACAUCCUGUGCAACCUGCCCACCUACAAGGGGAAACUCAAGGCCUUCCAACACGCCCUGAGCUCCCACGACUGCUCACGCAACGUUUAUGUGAAGAAGAACGGCUUCACCCUGCAUCGCAACCCCAUCGCCCAGAGUACAGACGGCGCACGUGGCAAAAUUGGCUUCUCAGAAGGCCGGCAUGCCUGGGAAAUCUGGUGGGAAGGCCCUCUUGGCACCGUGGCCGUGAUAGGCAUUGCCACAAAGCGGGCGGCGAUGCAGUGCCAGGGCUACGUGGCCCUGCUGGGCAGCGACGACCAGAGCUGGGGCUGGAACCUGGUCGACAACAACCUGCUGCACAACGGGGAGGUCAAUGGGAAUUUCCCGCAGUGCAACAAUGCACCCAAAUACCAGAUCGGGGAGAGAAUACGAGUGAUCCUAGACAUGGAUGACAAGACGUUAGCCUUCGAGAGGGGUUUCGAGUUUCUCGGAGUAGCGUUUCGUGGACUGCCCAAAGCCUGCCUGUUCCCCGCCGUGUCUGCAGUGUACGGCAACACUGAAGUCACCAUGGUGUACCUGGGAAAACCUCUGGACGGCUAGAAGCUGAGCCACCGUUCCGUUAAAACUUCCAAGCUCCCCGGUGUGUGUGCAGGACUUCCUCCGUCACCAGACCGCUGAACCCUGUUUGUUGUACACUUUCCAGGUUUUUGGAGGCUAAGUGGUCAUGUUUCUUCCAACCAGAAUAACUUUAUUCACACGAACAAAGAGGACUGUCGGCAUUUCUACUUCAACGUGAACCCAGACUGGACUGGACAAACCGCAGGGAAAAGGAAUGUGUGGUUGACCGACAUAAACACGUGGAACUUGUCCACUUUUACAGUUUAGCUGCUGAGCUGUUUCACUCACAGGUCAGGGGAACAUUAUUUAACGUCAUGCAAUUCAGACUAACAGCGCUGAACAUUUACUUGAGAUUUUACGUCUGCUUGAACGAGGCCAAAACUACUCUAGACUGUGGCAAAUACUUUAAGAUAUCAUUUUAACGAGCUGUUAUCAAUAGUUAUCUGUCGUAUGAGUUAAUGGAACCAACUCAUUGUGGAUCAACGCGGUUUAGCUGUAAUCGAUGACUGGAGUAUGACGACUUUACGCCAAACCAAUGUGACAUGAUGUUCUGUUCUGAUAUGGACGACAUGCAGACCAGCUGUCGUGCACGUGCAUGGAUAGCGGUGUAUGAACUGAAGCAUCUCCCCGUUUAAAAUACUCACCCAGUAAUGGUGGAUACUAUACCUGUAACAUGUGUGUCCUUUUUAAUGUGCUAUUGUAGUAUUACACAUUAUUUAUUUCUCGGUUUUAUCCAUGGUACUAUAGAUUGUGUACGGUUCAAAGACCUGAAAAUAAAGUCUACAAGGUGCCACUCUUAGAA